AAACGCAAUGCCGAUUUGAACUGUGGGUAAUUUGCCAAACACUUCCUCUUUGUCGCCGGUUGGAAAAUUUAUUAUUUUUUGCUGCAAAGAUGGGUAUGCGUCGAGGUAGAAGCAAUAAAAACCCACCGGUUUUUAGCCAUGAGUUUGUUAUUCAAAAUCAUGCAGAUAUAACAUCAUGUGUGGCCAUGGUUUUUGUGAUAGGACUCAUGUUUCAGGCAACUUCACCUGUAGCGUCCUUGUUUGUAACCCUUCAGCACAAUGUAACAAUCAAUGGUACAGAAAAUGCAGAGCCAUACAAUAUGUACACUUGUGGAAUCAAAGAUCUGUUCACUGUAUUUUUCUACCUACUGAUUGCCAUCAUUGCACAUGCUGUUGUUCAGGAAUAUGUCCUUGAUAAACUGAAUCGUAAAAUGCAUCUAUCCAAAGUGAAGCACAGCAAGUUUAAUGAAUCUGGACAGCUCAUGACGUUUUACUUUGCUUCAGCUGCAUGGGGUAUUGACACCAUUAUGAGGGAAGGAUUUCACAGUAUCAACCAGUUAUGGCAGGAGUACCCACACAACAACAUGCCAUUCAUGCUCAAGUUCUACUUUAUCAUUCAAAUGGCAUACUGGGUUCACAAUUUCCCAGAGCUCUAUUUCCAGAAAGUUAAAAAGGAUGAGAUGCAGGGUAGAAUUCAAUACACAGUGCUUUACCUUGUGUUUAUUGUAGUCGCCUAUUCUCUCAAUUUUACGAGAGUAGCUCUGCUGAUGAUGGUCCUUCAUUAUAUUGUAGAAAGUGUAUUCCACUUAGCACGCUUAGUAUACUUUGCAGACAAACUUGAUAUAGCCAAUCAUUGCUUUAUGGUGUUCAACGUCUUGUUUGUCCUGGUACGACUAGGGACAAUAACUCUAGCUGUCCUUACAUUCUGGUACGGACUUCAACAAUCUAGUCAAGAUUCUAUAGAUGUUGCUGCCGGCAACUUCAACACAAGACUUGUCAGAAUCACUUGUCUGACAGCCACUUGUCUGCUACAGGCAUGGAUGAUGUGGAAUUUUAUUACCUUCCAUUUGAAAAGAAUCCGAGAACGUACCGUGGCUACACGUAAACUUCGCUCUCCCACCAAGAAGAAGGGUAAAGGUGAGUGAACCCAGGAGGAGGAUAUCUCAUCUCUGCCAGAAGUAGAUCAGAAUACAGCUCAGAAUGGUCUACGAGCAAGAAAGAGCAAGAAAUAAAUGCAUGUAUAUGCUCAUAAUCAAAACGUUGGACACUUGUAUACAUACAAUAACUUUGAAACUCAUAACAGCAUUUCUGUUGUUUUUCUUGUUUGAUGUCAAGGAUUUCUUUUGAAGCUUAGAAUCUGAUACAGCUUUUUUGUAAGUUUUUUUUCUGAAGAUAUUAUAAUAGAAUACUUUAAUAAAAUUCAGUGGAAUUUUGCAAUCUUUAAGGCAAAAUGUGCAAUAGAUGUGAUUUGGUUUAUUUUAUUGUUUAGGAUCUGACUUUGGGUUAACGUCAUGUAUUUUUUUUUUUUUAAGAAAAGAAGAUGUAAAAAUCUGUUGAACUUAGUUUAAUACUGAAUAAAAGUAUUAUUGAAAUUAGUACAAAAAUACCCCAGUCAUUUGUUUGCAAGGCAUAUGUUUUCUUCCGACAGGUUACUCAAGUUGAUUUUCUAAAUGUCAUUUGUAAAGUAUUAGACCAGCUAGGUCAAACAUAUUAGAGAUACCUUUGUUCAAUAGAUUUACCUGUACUUGUAUAUUAUUUUUCUGUCGCCAAACUUGUAUACUUUAAAUCUUUGCCUUAUAUCUUAAAGACUGUGGUGUAUUUAUUGGGAGACACUCGUUAAAAAAUUGAUACUUGAGAAAUUAUUGAAGUUUAUAGAAAUACUUAAAAAAAAAAAACUUAAAAAGUUUUAGGUUGUUAUUUGUAAUCUCUACCUCUGAGAAAUCAAAUGAGCAGGCUAUUUCUGACCUCGAGGUUAUAAAACUUUCUCUCUGAGAUCUUUCUCGGAUCUCUGGGGUUGUCAUUGGUGAAAUCACAUAAUUACAAAUUAGUUUUGUGACCAAUCCACUACCUGAGAUCAUAGUUUGAGUUUGGAGAAUUUUUUAUAACCUUUUAGACUCUGAUGUAGCUUUGUCAACAAAAUCUGCUCAUUAAGAAAAAUGAGUUGUGUCAUGUAUACAAGAGUUCAAUAAAAGUUGAGUUGUUGUUGUAGGUAACAGCAAUGAAUGUCGCUAUAUAUAUAUGUGUGUUUUCUCUCUUGUUAAGAUGUAUAUCAAAAAAUAUCUAUCGCAAUGCUAAAUUGUUUUUAAUUUUUUGGGUGUAAAGAUAUUAAUUGAUACAUGUAUAUUUUAUUUAAAAAUAUUUUAACAAGAAAUUAGCUUCACAAUUUUAAUUUGUUACACCCUUUUUGAUUUCUAGCAAAGGUGUUUACUUUCUGAUGUCAUCACUACAAAGUAGUGGCAGUGUGUGUAUCUGUGAACUAUAACCAGUCUGUUAAGACCAGUCUGUUAAGACCAGUCUGUUUUUCCAUAAAGUAAGACCAGUCUGUGCAUCUGUGUAUGAGACCAGUCCGUGUCUCUAGACUGGGACUCUAUGAAUGAAGACAAAUCUACAUUGUUUUUAUUCAAGAAGACUUUUCUAUGCCCAGUGAAGUAAGACUGGUGUAAUGUCUUGGUAAAUUAAUACCAGUCUGUUUAUUCAUGGAAGUUAGAGUAAAUCUGUAUAUUCACAGUCAUUCAAGAUACAUACUCAUGGCUGCCCAUUGUAAAGCUUUUGAUAUUUAAAUUCCUGAUGUUAAAUUUGAAUAAUUAGAAAAAUAUCAUCUAGGCAAUGUCACAUAGGAGACACAUUUUUCAUACAAAUUCAAUGAUGUAUUGUUCAUCAAGAGAUAUUUAUACAUGUAUAUACUUGUGAAUGUUAGGUGAUGGGGAAACCUGUAUUCCUUUUAGAGUUGUUACAAUUUUUUAUAUCCAAUGAAAAUUCAAUAUCAUAAUACGAAGUUAUAAUCUAUGUCACAUAUAUUGUCAAUAAAUUAAGUUACUUAUUAGAAUGACUUCCCACAUGCAUGUUGAGCUGGAAUUGUAUGUUACUGUUUAAAUUCUGUUACUGGCUUAUGUACUUUUACUGAGUUAUUUCCCUUUGUGAAUUUAAAACACUCCUUAUUAUCCAGGCUCUUGUUUAACUAUCAGGAACUGGGCAUUCAGUCUGUUUAUAAGCGUUUGUUUUAAUAAAAAAAAAUCUAUAUAACCUGUUGUUCUAGGAAGUUACACUUUGCAUCAUAUUGUAAAAUUAAGUUUUGAAAAGUAGGAAGGAAAACUUGUAGCAACUCUAAAUUUUUGAUGAGUACCAUUUUAAUAUUGAUCUGCUUAUUAUAGUAUUAUAUAUAAAAUAUAAUUGUGUUUUUUGUGUUUGCAUGCAGUGGUAUACAUGCAUUAAAUGUGCGGCAAAAGAAAUUAGUAUAUAUAUGUGUAAAUGUAUACACAGGUAGUUGUGUACUAAUGUAAAUGCGUAAAAAUGAAAUAUUUCAAUUUGAAUUCUGUAUGGAAGGUGGUGAUGAAUAAUGAUUUACUAAUGUAUUUUUAAAAAUACUAGGUUGGAUGUUAGUUUUUCUUUUGAUAAAUGUAAUAAUUGUUUAUCUAAAAUAAAUAUGAUUAAAUUUUUUUGAUAUUGUAAACAUUUGUCAGUGCUUCAGCGGAUAUGCUAGUUGUUUUUAUAUUUUUUAAAAGAGACAGAGAGUUAGCAGAUUUGUUUGCUAUGACUGAUAUUAAUUUAAAAAAUGUAACUGAAAUUUCUAUUAAUUUUUUUUUAAAGUCACAAAAAUGAAGUACAAAAAUACAUUUCCAACUUUUAUUAAGGUAUUCACUAGGACGCCUUUUUGUGCGUUUUAGCACACUUUUGUAAAUCUGUGCCAUCAAAAUUUGUUUAAGGCCAUUGAUGUGCAAUUAGUGACAAUGAGUUGUUUUCUAGCAAAUAUUUUUGUGUAGAGAAAGGAAAAAAAGCAAAAUGAAAUAAAGUUUUGAUGUACAAGUUAAUAUUAAUCAAGUAUUAGUGGAUUGUUUGUUAUGAUUUUUGUUACAUGAUUUAUUAAUUUUGAUGUCCCCUGCAAAUAUGAGGAUUGUUUUCUUUGCUCCUAACAGAUGAUACAUAGACAACCAUUAAGUAUAAUUGCACAAAGAUAAGUUCAUAAAUAUAUACAUAUAGGUUUGUGUGCUGUGUUACAUUAGUUGAUGACCUCACCUCCACCGGAUGUUAUUUGGCUGAAGUUCAAGGUCUCUCUGCCAGGACACCAAACAUUAACAUUUAUUGAAAGCUGCUGCUUUGUCUUGUGUUUGUGCCUAACAUAUAUGUUAAUAUGUUAUCAAAAUAGAAAGAUUUGACUGUAUAUUUCAUAGCACACAAAUUUUCACUCUCUGACGGGCAUUUAUUGGAGGCAACUGCAUUUUACGGCUUUCAAUUAUGUUUACAUAUUUCAUUUUGAUAGAAUACACAUGGUUUUAUUUUUUGUUUGUUUAUUCUGGGAAUACACAUACAUGUAUUACGAUAUCAUUUUUUAUUUUUUUUUUCAUUUUUUGUUGCUGAAGUUCAAAUGGUGUGUAUUAACCACAAAUUUGUAUCUAUAAACGGAGGUCUCUAAAAAAAACUGAUAAGAUAUGAAAUUUUACAACAUUAAGUACUAGUUGUCAGUAACAAUUUUUGCUAAAUUUUUUUUUUCAUGACAAGUUAAGCAUAACAAGACAAUUACUUGUUAACUUGUACAUUUUUGUGCGAAUAUCGUUAAAAAUUAAUUAUUGUAAAGUUUUUUAUUAAAUUUGAUAUUAAAUUUAAUACAUACAGUGUUUAUUGCUUAAAUUAUUAGAUUCUGAUGGGUAGAAUGUAAUACUUUCUGCUUAUUAUGUUUAAAAAUUCUGGACCCAACUUAUAAGCUAUUUGUUUUUAUAAUUAGUAAAUGUCAAAUUACCUUUCACAGACUUGUAAGCUGUCUUGUAGGUUAAUAAAUAUCAUAUUACACUUCACCGACUUAUAUGCUAUACAUGGAGUAGGUGAGUAAAUAUCAUAUUACACUUCACCGACUUAUAUGCUGACAGUCUUGUAGGAAAGUAGAUAUAUUAUAUUUCAAUGUCUAAUGUUAUUGCAAGACUAUAAUAGUGUUUAUAUUAAGUUGUUAUUCAUACAUGUUAGCUUUAUUUAUCAUUGAUAUUGACAAUUUAUGGUGCUAUUGUUUUGCAUUGUGUUAAUGUGAACUCAUUCAUUUUAAACAGCUGUUGGAGGAAAGGUGAUAUAGAACAGUUUUAGGCUCUUUUUUCCCAACCAAGAUGACUAAAACAGCUUUGUGCUCUUCAAUUCUUAGAUGGGUGUUUAAGUUGUGUUAAACUGUUUGCUCCUAAGUUUUGUGAAUUAAAACACUUAUGACUCUUUAAGCCCACUUUGGGUUAUUCAAAACAAAGAGCAAUAGGCUAUUUGUGCCCAUGUUGGGUUAUUUAAGGGGAAGAGCAUUAGGCAUUUGCUUCCAAAGUUAGAUGAUCAUUUUCAAAUACAUCUGGUAUACAUGUAUAUAGGAGUUUGAAAUAAUUCGGAAUGAAUGUGCCGUGUUAGUUACAAAGUAGAAAUGUCAAGUGCUUACUUUGUUACUGUGAAUGAACGAAAUUUUUAUCUUUUCAGAAGUAUAGUAAGAUAGAUUUAUUGAGAAAAUGGUGGAAUUGUUAGCCCUCAUCAAGUGCAUUACAUGUAUUUGUUCCUGUAAAUAAAUUCUUCAUAUUUUUUUUUAUUGAUAAGGUAUUAUCAUUAGUGGGAUGGAUAUUUCAUAUUUAUAAUUUUUAAAAACCAAAGGAACUGGAGUUUAUUUUGAUUAAUAUUUUUGUGACAUUGACUAUAAGAUAAUCGAUUUAUUACAUACAUUGCUGUUGUUUUAAGGUAAAAAUCUUUUUUUUUUAUAUCCAAAAGUGCUUUGGGUAUAUACUGUUAUGCCUCUUGUUGUCCGUCUGUCUGUUCACAAUUUUAUGUCCGCUCUAUGUCUUUUAAACUGAUGAAAGGAAGGAAAUUUUGACUUCACUCAAGGGCAUGGGUUCUAUGAAAACUAUUAGAUACUGGAAAUAUACUCAAGACAAUAAUUAUGUAAGUGGAAAAAAAUAUAAAAAAAAGUUAGUUUAGUUUGAAACUAAAAUCUUUAUUUGAUGACAAUUUCCUGUCUCGUGUUACGUAAGGUAACAGAAAAAACAUAUUUCAAAUUUUAUGAACAGGCCAUAUUCUGUAUAGGAAACAAUUGUUUUGAUUCCUGGAGCAAAUGUUCAUCCCAGCAUAUAUUGCGUUGACCUUGUUUUUAUUAAAACUGUAUUUGUUGUAUGAUAAAUGAUUUCAGUCUGAUUGUUGCUUUUUUAGUCCCCUACCGGUUUAACCGGAGGGGACUUUAGGUUUACCCUCCGUCCGUCUGUCCGUCUGUCUGUCUGUCUGUCCGUCUGUCUGUCCGUCUGUCUGUCUGUCUGUCAGUCCGUCCGUCCACAAAACUGGAUCCCGCGAUAACGCAAAAAAGUACUGAAAAUAUUUUUAUGAAACUUGAUAUAUGGAUAGAUGGCAGUAUGGAGAUUAUGCACGUCUUUUUUUUUUCUUCCUAUGUUGAAAAUUCUGGUUGCUAUGGCAACAAAUAGUCUGAAAAUAUGGCAAAUUUAACACAUAAACUGGAUCCAGUGAUAACUCAAAAAGUACUGAAAAUAUUUUUAUGAAACUUGAAAUAUGGGUAGAUGGCAGUCUGGAGAUUAUGCACAUCUUUUUUAUUUUCUUCCUAUGUUGAAAAUUCUGGUUGCUAUGGCAACAAAUAGCCUGAAUUUCAAGAUUUCUGAUUUAAAUUUUUCAGCUUUUUCACUAUAUGUUCUUUAUUUCUUAAGGUGUUUACUUCAAACUUUAAAUAUAAGUUCCUGGUCAUCAACCACAUCAUAUGUGACAAGGUUUAUAACUCUAGCACAAAAAAAUAUUAAUAUUACCUCCCUUGAACUUAGAUUUUUUAGGGGAAAAAAUGUUGUCUUUUUUAAAUAACUUCUUUAUUUCCUAAUGUAUCUACUUCAAACUUCAUAUAUAUGUUUCUUAUUAUCACUCGACAUUUUUGAGAAGGUUAAAUACUCUAGCAAGACUAUUUCCAGAAUUAUGUCCCCCUUGAACUUAGAUUUUUUUCGAGAAACUGGUAUUUUCACUCCAACUUCUUCAUUCCUUAUAGGAUUUACUUUAAAAUCCCACAUCGUAAUAAUAUGACAAGGUUGUAUAAACAUAAUUUCCUUACUAAGCAUGGAAACUUAACACAUUACUGUGAUAUAAACAAACUUAUUUUAUUAUGUUUUGUGGUCGAUAUUUUCAAAUACAGACUUCAUCCUCAAAUUCAUUAUAAAUGGCAAUACACAGGAGUGUAUGACAAUUAAAGAACUUUUUGAGGGACCGGUAGGGGACUACUGUAUUGCCCGCAAUACUAUCAAAUGCUUGUUUGUUUCUGGUCUUUUUCAAAGAUGUUAAAAAACUACAGUUGCUCUUUUUUCCUUGUAAAUAAAUUUGUAGUAUUUUAAUUGGAUUGUAAGUGCAGUAGAAUAAGAAAAUGUAGCAUUAAAUGUAUUUGAAAUUUUGCUAGUUGUGAAAUUAUAUAUUUUUCUUUAGGUUAUUUAUAUUUAUUAAAACCUUACUACGCUGAAAACCUUAAAUGGACUUGUCUUUUAAUAUGGACAAAAUCGGUCAUCAUAUUUAGGGAGAAUUUCAAAAUAAGUACUUACUUGAAUUUGACAGCUGCUCUUGGUCUGCACUGAUCACAUGAUCUUAUAAUAUGUUGGUCAUCAUCGGCUCGCUUACGUUAAACAACAUAGGCUGUAUAUGAAUUGUACAUUAUGUAUAGAUCUAUAAUGAUGAUUAGACUUUUAACAAGUGGUUUUAAUUAAUAUAGGGUAAAUCUGUACUGUAAUACAGUAUUGAAAAUUUGAAUUUUAAUACAUUUUGUUAUAGAAGCUUAAUCUGUUGGUACCAGUUUUGAAUAUGGUUAUUGUCUAGUUAUGAUAAAAAAAUCAAAGUGUUAAGUUAUUGCUGUAGAUUAGGACAUACCAUUUUAUUCUCAUUCUGUACAAUAUCAGAAAUAAAUUUGUUACAGAUUUGAAAACAGAUAUUAUAAACUUUUGUACUGUGAAUGUUUUGUAAAAGGUCUUGAGAAUAUGUUUUGUGAAAUAAAAAAAGUAUGUCAAUUAAA